AUGUCUUGCUUUCUAGCUGAUUGUAGUUUUACAUUUUCUGAUUCAAGUGGUGAAAUCAAAGCUUUUUCUAUUGACUUGGAGAAUAAAGGUCAUUCAAGUUGUUGUUAUCAUAUUCAAGCUCCGAAACAAUACAACAUACAGUUAAACUUUACACAAUUAUUUGGUUUUAUAUUGCCAUCUAAUAAUCAUACGACAACGUACAAUUCGUGUUUACCGGAAAUUAUUAUAAAGGAUAUGAUGAACGGUGAAGAAGUUCGUACAGAGACAGUAUGUUGGCAGAAAAAUAAUUCACAAGCCCCACAAGUCUUUCUUUCCCAUUCUAAUAGUUUAAAAUUGAUAUUUACUUGGAGGAUUGGUCAUCGGAGUGGUUUUCACAUAUUUUACCAUACUUUUCAUAAAAAAGAUUGUGAGUCUGGUUCGAAAAUAAAUUGUCCACUCCCAGCAUCUUCUUCCCCAACAGCAUCAUUGGAUUCUGUAAAAAUUAUUGUUGUGAUAGUGGUUUGUGCCGCAAUAUUUAUUACGUUAGGUGUUACAAUUUGCCUAGUUAUGAGAACACAGUGUCAGUUAGUCUCUAGAGCUUGGCAUCGUCACAGUUCACGAGAGGCUCAACUUCGCCCACAAUCUCAGAGCUCAGAGGUUUUUGUUUCAACACCAUCGUCUCGUGAACAGAUGGAGCAACAGGAGGCUUUACUUCGUGAUCGUUUAAUCCAGACAUUAUCGACAAAUCGUGAUGGACGAAUAGGAUGCCCCCCACAAAUACCCAUAUCUCGCGAUGGUGAGGAAGGGUAUGCGGAGAGUCAAAAACAGUUGGCAAAUCAACGUAAUUUAGAUAAUACAGACUCACAGCAAUAUUUCCGACCCCCGCCUAAUCGAACUAUAUAUGAUCGUAAACAGAGCCCUCCCCCUUAUCCGUACACCUCUGCUUCAUCUUUGGACACCUCGUGUGGAAAGCCAUCAAAUGGUUAUUCGUCAGUAAUACGAUGUCAUAGUGUUUCUCUUAAUAGUGCUAAAUCGGACUCGUUACACCAAUCUAGUUCACAUUCUCGGACUUCGUCUAUCUCAACUACAAUGUCGUCUCCUGCUAGAUAUUCUCAACUUCAUUCAAAUAGUUCUUUGAGAAAUUAUACAGGGACAGGGGCAUCUUCUAGUCCCCCAGAUGUUGUAGCCAGUCAUGAGAGUGUUUAUAAUAAUAAUAAUAAACAGUUUAAUGUAUGA